GAAGGACGGACUGCUUCAAUGGCUGAUUCAAUCUCAUACACACAUAUAAAAAGCAGGAAGAUUUAUAUUCUCCUUUACUUCCUCCCUCCAUCGUUUCUAGGUUUUGCAGUGAGAAUUCGGAUUUUUUGUUUGCCCUAAUUUCGUUGACUGUGGGGGUAUGAAUCGAGGCUUUGGGAUGUGCUUUGCGGCGUGUUGAUUGUGUGGAAGUAGCGUGCGAGAGAGCUGCCUGGGGUUGAAAUUUGAGAGGAAUAAGAUGAAUCUCGGUGUGAAUCAGAUGCCGCUUGCUAGUUCGGGUGGUUCCUGGAAGUCCGGCGGCGAUGGAGGCGUCUCCGACCAGUUUCCGGCGGGGCUUAGAGUGCUUGUUGUCGAUGAUGACCCGACUUGCUUGAGGAUCUUGGAGAAGAUGCUCUGGAAAUGCCACUACGAAGUUACAAAAUGCAAUAAAGCCGAGGUUGCGUUGAAGUUACUAAGGGAUAACAAAGACGGAUUCGACGUUGUAAUCAGCGACGUCCACAUGCCGGACAUGGAUGGAUUCAAAUUGCUCGAACAUGUCGGACUAGAGAUGGAUCUACCCGUCAUUAUGAUGUCGGCUGAUGACAGCCCGAACGUUGUGAUGAAAGGCGUCAUUCACGGCGCUUGUGACUAUCUCAUCAAACCCGUUCGUAUGGAGGCGCUGAAGAACAUAUGGCAACACCUUGUUCGUAAAAAGAAGCACGAGUGGAAGGACAAGGAUAUCGAACAGUCGGGUAGCGCAGACGACGGGUGUCGGCAGCAGAAACCGGCUGACGACAUCGAUUAUUCCUCCUCGGCUAACGAAGGGAAUUGGCGAAGUUCGAAGAAACGGAAGGACGAGGAAGAAGAAGCCGAAGAAAGAGAUGAUUCAUCGACGCUGAAGAAACCGCGUGUCGUUUGGUCGGUCGAGCUGCAUCAGCAAUUCGUAACUGCCGUUAAUCAGCUCGGAAUCGAAAAGGCCGUGCCGAAGAAAAUCUUGGAGCUGAUGAACGUCCCGGGUCUUACACGAGAGAAUGUCGCGAGCCACCUUCAGAAGUAUCGACUUUAUCUCAGACGACUCAGCGGGCAGAACCAAAACGGGCUUGGGAAUUCGUUCAUGGGGCCGUCCGAUCCGGCGUUCGGUGCGAUGACCUCAUUCAACGCCCUCGAUCUUCAAGCUCUGGCUUCUUCCGGUCAACUCCCGCCGCAAAGUCUUGCGACGAUUCACGCCGCGACGCUCAGCCGACCGACGAACAAGUCACCUCUAUCCGUCCCCGUCGUCGAUCAGCGAAAUGUUUUCAGCUUCGACGCUCCAAAGAUCCGGUUUAUCGACGGGCAGCAGCAACUCAACAGUAGCGGCAAGCAAAUGAAUUUGCUACACGGAAUCCCGACGAAUAUGGACUCGAAACAGCUCGCGGUUCUUAACCAAUCGUCGCAGCCUUACGGUAGCAUGAAUCAGAGCAAUUCGAUGUUAACACAGAUGGUUCAGCCGCAGCCGAGGCCCCCGGUCAUAAACGAUGUCGUCGGCGGUAGCCAUAUCAUGAACAUGCCGUUGUCAGCGAGCCAACGUAACGGGAUCGACGGUGUACCGCAGCCGAAGUUUUCGUCGAAUACCUUCCCACAUGUGAGUAAUUCAGUUCUUCCAGCUUUAAAUUCUAAAGGGAUGCUGCAGGGCGAUUUUUCGUCGGAAUCGAAAGGUCCGAGAAGCUUCCUUCAAAGUUACGACGUGUUCACUGAUCUGAAUCCGAAGCGAUCCGACGGCUGGAGUUUCCCGAGCAGCGUUGCGACGUCAAAUUUUGAACCUCAGCACAUGAAUAUGCACGGCCGUCUCGACGUUCAACCCUCGGUCCUCGUCCAACCCGGAUUAUCUUCGACGAAUCUCGUCCCGCCGCCCCCGUCGUCACUAAGCGAUAAUACGCCAAGAAUAAAGACGGAACGGGUCCCCGAAAUGGGUUUCCAAGGCGGUCUUCUUCCCGAUCAGUUCGGACAAGAUGAUCUAAUGAGCGCACUUCUCAAGCAGCACCAAGAAGGCAUGGGGCCGCCGGUCGAGAGUGAGUUCGGGUUCGAUGGCUACCAAUUAGACAAUCUCCCCGUGUAGUUAGUAUUCAAAGCGUUCGUGUUUGUUAUCCGACGAGUCUUCGAUCCCCAAUGUACAUAAACGGCCGUAAGCUGAAAAUUCGACGACACUGUGGAUCGAGGGCCCGGCCGGAUAAUCUUCUUCGUCUAUGAGCUUGCAUUGGUAGGUGAUCGAUUCGAUGCCCGGGCUCCUUUGAACAAGCUUGCGAGAGGCGAAGGUGCGCGUUUGCUCGUCUCUCGGGCGCGGAUCGACGGGGAAUUCGGGCACGGUAGGUACGCGAAAAUGUACAUGGCAAAAAUUUUUGGUUGAUUUAGGGUUCAUAGAUGAUGAUGAUGAAUUUGAUUGUGGAAUUUUUUUUUUUUUUUUUUUGUGUUUUAUUGUUAGAUGUUUGGAGACUUAGGUAUUUUUAUUUAUUUUGUUUUUCAUCUGAUUCAUAUAUUUUUGAAUAAAGUUUUAAGUUUGUAUCA